AUGGUCAGGAAGCCCGCGCUCGCCUCCCUCUUCUUCAACGCCAGCGAGGGAAGCCAGCAGUGCCUUUCCUCCUCGGCAUCCGUGUCCCUGUCCGCCGCCUCCUUCAGCACGGCGGCGUCGUGGCAGUGGCUGUCUUGCACGCAGGCGAGGACGCGCUCCUUCCGGGGCGACAACAGCCCGGAGAUCGUGUCCAUGCGCCACGACACCAGCAGCAAGCGAGAGGAGCAGCAGGAGGGGUACAAGUACAGCUACAAAACGAGCAUGAACCCGGCCUACGUCCACGACUACUCAUCGGCCGGCGCCGCCGAUUGCUACUCCUCCAGCGGGCUCUCCGACUCCUCCGCGAGCCAGAACCUCUACCUCUCCACGGCGACAGCAGAGCCCGCCGCCGUCGCCGCGGACGAGGACGAGGCGAUCAUCCACGGCCUCCGCUCCUCCACCACCCGCCGGCUCCUGUUCGAGCCCGAGUCCACGAGCUCUAUCGUGAAGACGGAAAAGGCCGCGGCGGCGUUCGACGGGGCCACGGCGCUGGCCAUCGAGUCGGCCGACCCGUACGGCGACUUCCGGCGGUCCAUGGAGGAGAUGGUGCUGAGCCACGGCGCUGACGACUGGGGCUGGCUCGAGGAGAUGCUCGGGUGGUACCUCAGGGCCAACGGCAAGAAGACGCACGGCCUCAUUGUCGGCGCCUUCGUCGACCUGCUCGUCGCGCUCGCCUCCUCUGCUUCUGCUCCCUCCCCCGCCUGCUCCUCCAGCUUGAAGCAGAGCAGCCAUCUUCAGGCUGCCAAGAUAGGCGAACACCACCGAGCGCAAACAGAGUAG